AUGUUUUAUUCAGACCUUAACACUGUUCCACCAAUUCAGCAUAAAUUAGCUAAAAUUCCAAGCGAUUUCCCAGGCCGUUUUCCUGCCUUUUCUAAGGCGGCUCCAGGACACGCCGGGCACCCGCUGCCCUGCGUUCCCGGGGCACACGCGGUGGAUGUGCGGCGGUGCCGGGGAUCGCGGCCCUUCCUGCGCCGCCCUCCGCGCCCGCGCUGCUCCCCUGCGCUGCCCCCGCCCUGGGGGAUGCUGGCAGCGGCGGGCGGGGACGCCUGCGGCUGGGAAAGGCCGUGGCUCUGCCGGCUCCCAGCUGCAGGGGCUCGGUCUUUCCCCCGCUGCCUCCUCCUCGCGGCGGAGGCUGGAGCCUUGGGACGGGAUGACCGUCGGGAGCGAUUGCGUGAAGCUCUGUUAGACGGCAUGUGGCUAACUGGGGGCCGCGGGCAGCUGAGGGGACACAGCAGAAGGUUUCCCCUUGCCCGUCGCUGGCAGGGGAAUUGCAGCGCCUUCCUUGAGGGGCCGGUGCCUUCAGGAGGGGCCGGGGCAGAGCCCCUCGCCCGCCUCGGGUCCCGCAGGGCCCGAGCAGGGGGACCUCCUCCCGCUCUCGCCCCGGAGCAUCUCCUCCGAGGUGUAGAAACCCCUCAGGGACAAGGGCUUGAGCAGUCCUUCCUCAGACCGAGGCAGAACGAGCGCUCCGGUGCCGGCGAGGGAGAGCCCUCAGGGGCCUGGAGGCGCUCAGGCAGCGUGCCCGCUCCUCCGCGGCCGGGCUGCCCACGGGAGCGCCAGGGCUCUCCCCAGACGGAUGUGCUGAGGAGAUGCCUCAUAGCCCACCCAGGGCAGCGUCUGGGUAAUCCCAGUCUGAGUCUCGGCUGGCUGCAAUUCCACCUGGAAAAGGGACGCUACAAUCAUAGUAUCUAAGGAAAGUGUGUGUUUGAGACCAGUUUGAGGGGAUUUUGUGUCACCAAAGGCAUUAGCUCCAGUCCUGCUACUCCAGUGGAAGGGAGAGAGGUUACCAGGUACUGGGCACAGUCAUCUUCAC